CGCGCAGCCGGCGAAGAAAACCACGAUGGCCGGCGAAGACGAGCUUGCGUACCUCAAGAGCCUCGUGAAGCAGCUGAACGGAAAGAUCGAGGCGCUCGAGCAGAAGGCGAAGAGCGCGGUGACGGGCAAGCCCACGCCCGCCCAGCAGCUACGCACGAUCCUCGUCGGGCCCCCGGGCGCAGGCAAGGGUACGCAGGCACCCAAGAUCAAGGAGAAGUUCUGCGUCUGCCACCUCGCCACGGGCGACAUGCUCCGCCAGCAGGUCGCGGCCAAGACGCCACUCGGCGUCGAGGCGAAGAAGAUCAUGGAUGCCGGCGGGCUCGUCAGCGACGAUAUCAUGGUAGGCAUGAUCAAGGACCAGCUAGAGACCAACAAGGGCUGCAAGAACGGUUUCGUCCUUGAUGGUUUCCCUCGUACCGUUCCCCAGGCCGAGAAGCUCGAUGCCAUGCUUGCCGACCGCAAGGAGAAGCUUGACUCUGUCGUCGAGCUCGUCAUCCCCGACCAGCUACUCAUCUCGCGCAUUACCGGCCGCCUCAUCCAUCCCGCCAGUGGCCGCACGUACCACCGCGAGUUCAACCCGCCGAAAAAGCCGAUGGUCGACGACGUCACCGGAGAGCCGCUCAUCCAGCGGUCGGACGACAACGUCGAGGCCCUGCGGAAACGGCUCACGGUGUACCACAACCAGACAGGCCCGGUCGUGGACUACUACAAGACGAAGAACCUCUGGCGCCCGAUCGACGCUGCUCAGGCGCCGAGCGUCGUCUGGGAAAACUUGGCCAAGGUCUUCACGGCGAAGAAGGAUUGAAAUCCUCUGCUUUCGCAGCUGUGAACGGCAUAUAAACUAGAAUAUACUUACCUGUGCCAUGGACUUCUUUUUUAUUUUUCGGCAGUGCUACCGCUGAACAAGAACUAGCUUGUGCCCUGCGCAAUCACAGCAGCCAGAUGGCCGGCGUGUCAAAC